UACAACAUGGCUGAGAAGGAGACAGAUGCGCAGACUUAUGCGAAAGCUUUGACAAGUUUUGUUGAAAAUGGAAAAGCACUGUUGGAACUCGCUAAACAGGAGAGCAAAGAGGGACUUCUGCAAGACUACAUCAGGAAGAAGAUCCGUAUUGAACUGGACCAAUCGCUACUGGGACUUAUUCCAGCAGGGGCAAGGUUAUUCACAAGCAUGUCAGUGAAGAAGAAAAAGGACGCUGAGGAACUAUGGAAGAGAAGCUACCAAUGUGCUGAAAUGCAGGACGCUGUUGAGGACUUCUUGCAGCUGGGAGUGCAGUGGGAUAGUUUUCUGGAGUACUUGGACAAGGAGCUACAUCUGGGCGAUAGAAUCUUUGGUCAAGAGGCACAAGUAAAAUGCCUGUCGCCUGACAUACCCCUCAUUGAUGCCCAGACUGGAGCAACUCUGACGUUAGGGAAGUACCUUGGGAGAGGUGAGAAAGUUCUACUUGUGUUGAUCCGUCAGUUCUCCUGCCUCCUCUGUCGAAUCCAUCUGAAAGAUCUGGAGGCCCAUAAGAUUGCCCUGGAUGCAUGUUCAGUGCAAGUGGUGGUGGUGUCAUUUGGCUGCAGAGAGGGGGCGUUGCAUUGGCUAGCGGAGACAGGUUGCCAGUAUGACAUGGUGUUAGACCCACACAGGAAGGUGUACAGCACUUUUGGCUUGAGAGCCUCUCUAAAGAAAGUGUUGAACUUCAACAACAUGCUACUCUACGCUGAACACGUUGUGGCAAACCUGGAGUUCCCAAGAGGUCUGCCGUCUAUUGAAGAUGAUAUGUUUCAGCUUGGAGGAGAUUUUGUCCUGGAUGACCAGGGGAGGGUGCUGUUCUCUCACUGCUGUGACAGCCCUAUAGACAGACCUGCUGUAGAGGACAUACUGAACGCCCUAUAGAAUGACCUGCAGUAGAGGACAUGCUGGGUGCCAUUCAGAAGGGAUACCCAAACCUGUCAGGUUCAACAUUAUGUUAAAAAAAACAAGCAGACCCCAUCUCAUCUGAUACAGAAAUGGCUUUAUCACAGGGAGAUAUCAGCUAUAGACUAUUGCCCUCAAAUAAUAUAUUAUUAAAGGCACUGCAGAAGAGGAGUUCACCUUAUGGACAUUCUUGGAAAGCACCCUAUGUCAUUGCAGUAGACACUAAGAGAAAUAGUGUACUAUUAAGGACCAUAACUUUACUUUUAGAAGGGCAGACUGCAGCAAAGAUGGUGGAUAAAUGUUCACUCAGGCCAUUUACCAUUGUCUACUUAAGGGGGUGGCUUAAUUAUGAUUAUAUGUAUAUGUAAUUGUAUAUACAUACAAUAAAAUGACCUAGGUCCAUCAGCUCAACAUUCUCAACACUACACUCUAAUGGACAUUUUGUCAAAUGCAACCUGAAAAACCCCUCAACCCUCAAUUUCAAUGACUGUUUUAUUGUCAACAGAGUCAAAUACAGCAAAAUAAACGUUUUUAAUUUUGGUGAGGUAAUAUCUUUCUAAGUAAAAUAAUUGUACAUACUGUCUUACCCACUUUAUAUGUAUAUACUGUAAUCUAGUCAUGGCCCAUCCUGUAUAACUACUGCUGUACACACCUUUUUCUAUUAAUAUACUGUCUUAAUUUCUAUUUUUUGGAUUAUGUGAAUAUUGUUGUGCACCUGCAAAAACAUAUGCAAAUCUAUAUAUGGACCAAUAAACUUUGAUUUGAAAAUGCA